AUGCCAUCAUGGGAGUUCUCCCACUGCCAGCUCUUCCAUCUCCUCCAUCGCCGCUUCAAGAGCCUCCGCCACCUCAAGGCCAUCCAUGCCCAUGCCACCGUCCACGGCCUUACCUCUUUGUAUCCCUCCCCCACUCUCGCCAAGCUCAUAUACACGCUCACCCUCCUCCUCCCCACCGCCAUCAACCACCAUGCCUCCCUCCCUGCCGCAGUAACCGCCUCUGCCGGAUACACCCUCUCCCUCUUCCAUGUCAUCCCCUUUCCAUCCGCCUUCCCCUACAACCUCCUCAUGCGUCUCCACACCCUUCUCUCCUCCCCUCUCUCCGCUCUCCUCCUCUAUGCCUGCAUGCGCCACUCCGGGGUCCCCCCCGACUUCCACACCUUUCCCUUCGCCCUCAAGGCAUGCACCCGCCUCCGCCACCCUGCCCUCACCCGCGCCAUCCACUGCCAAGAGAUCGUGUUCGGCUUCGCCGACAACCUCUACGUCCGUAACACUUUGAUCAGCACCUAUUCUUCUUUCUACUCGAUGCCCGAAGCAAGGACUAUCUUCGACGAGUGCCCCUCGCUUCGUGAUGUCGUUUCCUAUAAUAUUUUGAUGGAUGGAUAUGUGAAGGCCGACCAAAUUGAGCACGCGCGCAACCUGUUCGACGGAAUGCCUAAAAGGGAUGUAGUCGUGGGGUACACUUUUGGCUGGAUAAACGCGGAUGGGUGA